AUGGUGACCUUUAGGCAGCUUGAGAUACUGUUUGGGUUCACAUAUGGAGAAGGAAAUCUAUGGAACAUCAAGGAAAAUGAACUCCAAAGAGUAUGGGCUACAAUCGCUGAUGGAGGUACUCUUCUCAAGGUCCAAGGCUGCCAGAUCAGAAGUCCUGUGCUUGAGAUAUGUCCACAAGGCUCUUGCAACACCUUCUUUGCAAGGAAAGCCACUGGAACAAUCAAUGAGGGAGAAGUGAAGCUCCUUGACAUGGGAAUCAAGCCCAUCAUCUCACGCACAAGGAUGGGAAGAAGAUCAGAGGAGACAGGGCACACGCAGGGAAUCUCAUGCCUCUCCUUGAGCAGCUCCAAGCUUACAAGGUCACGGCUUACAACACUAGGCAUCAAAGGGAAGAAGCUUAGUGUUGGAGGCGGAUUUGCAAGAAGAAGAGCCGAGCUCGAUCGAGCUGAGGAUCGAGCUGAGAUUCAAGCUGAAGAUCGAGUCCAGGAGAGUGCAGAUUUGGGUGAGCCUGAGUGCUAUUAUUUUGAGGAGUAUGAGGCUCCAAGGAUGAACCCCUCUGUUGUGGCUGCCCACAAGAGGAUUGGACUCCUACAAAGGUUCAACAAGUGGCAAGGGAAGGCCAUGGACAAGAUGGUGAGCAAGAUCAAAAGCUUGGAGAAGAAAGUUUCUGGUUCUUCAAGCAAGAAGAAGAAGGACCCAUGGCCCCCACUUUCCCUAGGAGUAGGUCACUCCUCACCACUCAAAGGAGGCUCUCCCGCAAGACCUCACAGAGCCUCUUCUUUCGAGCCAAGGGAAGGAGAAGACAACACGCAGAGAAGGAGGAAGACUUCCAAGGCCAGACGCUCCAGCUCGACCACCGGACUCGAUCGAGUCCAAACAGAGGAAACUCAACUCGAUCGAGCUGAGGGUCGAGUUGACCUGGAGGAGCCCCUGUUUGAGAACCCUGGAUUCGAGUACGAUCCAACGCAGUACCAGGACUUCUCCCAGACCAACUGGACCCCUACAACAGCUUCGAGCAAGCACAGCUCCUCCAAGGCCAAGGGAGCCACACACACUUUGAAGAUGAAGAAGAAGAAGAGGAGGAGCCGCAAGCUCGAUCGAGUGAGGCAACCCAGUUGCAUGGAGCGCUCCUGA